AUGGCCACGACUUCUUCUCCCUCCCCGCGCGUCGUCGCGCUCGAGCGGCAGCUCGCCCAGGUCCCCAUCACGGCGCUAGCGUUCCUCACGACAGACUACAUCCUCGCCGGCGAAGACGGCUGCCUGGCGGUGUACGAGGCCGCGGCGGCCAGCAACGGGCCGGUGCUCCGGACGCGCGUCUUCGAGGACCAGCCCGUCCACGGCAUCCGGGUCCACGAGCGCCGCGUGCUGCUAUGGGGCGCCGCGCGCGUCGCCCUGCUGGAGGGGGGCGAGCCGCGUCGCGGGAUCGCGCCGGCCGUCCUGGCGAGGGCCACCCUGGCGGACUGGGUCCACGACGGCGCCGUGUCGCCCUGGGACCAAGACUCGGCGGCCCUGGCGACCGCGCACAAUGAGGUCGUGGUGGUGACGCUCCGGCGGGCGGGGGGGACGCUGCGCGUCGCGGCGGCGGCGGCGGCGGCGGCGGCGCCCCCGUCGAGGCCGAUGCUCUUCGCCUGCCGCCUGGCGUGGCUGUCGGGGGGGCGGGUCCUCGUCGCGGCGGGCACCGUCUUUGGCGACAUUGUCGUCUGGGAGUGCCGCGUCGGGGCGGAUGCCGCCGCCGCCGCCGAGGCCGAGGCCGAGGCCACCGAGGCCCUGGUCCUCCGCGGCCACGAAGGGUCCAUCUACGGCGUCGACAUCUCGCCCGAGCUGGUCGGCCCGGACGGCAGGCCCGUCCGCCUCCUCGCGAGCUGCAGCGACGACCGGACCAUCCGCGUGUGGGACGUGAGCGCGCGCGCGGCCGCACGGCACGCCGGCGCCCGCGUCGACGCCGCCGCUGCCGAGACAGGCUUCAAGCCGGCGGAGACGUGCGAUGGGGUUGCGCCCGCGCAGCAGCAGCAGCAGCGGCAGCAGCAGCAGACCAAAGGCCAGGCUUCCCCCGUGGCUGUCGCCAUGGGCCACGCCUCGCGCAUCUGGGGCGUCAGGUUCGCCGCCCCGGGGAGCUGCGCGCUGGCGGACGGAGCCGCCGUGCCCCUGUACUCGUUCGGGGAGGACUCGACCACCCAGCGGUGGAGCCUGAAGCUGGCCGCCGCGUCCCCCGACCCCGGCAGCAGGGCAGGACUGGCCGGCACCCUGUCUCACGAGCGCACGCACUCCUUUCACAGUGGCAAGCAUCUCUGGGCGCAUAGUCUCCGAGUGGACGAGCAGGGCGUUCGCGUCGCCACCGGCGGCGCAGACUGCAAAAUCAGCGUCAUUCAAGAGGCUCUUCCUCCUCCUCCUAGCGCUGCGUUCACGGCAUCCGGCCGUGGGGAAGCCGGAGCCAGACUCGUCACGCUAGACGUGCCGCAUCCUCCUCCAGCGGCGUCGUCUGCUGCCGGCCCAGGAACCCGCGACCGCGAGAUCGUAAGCCGCUACGACUUUGUGACGGACGACCGUCUUCUCGCCGUGACAAAUCACGGCCGCUUGUUUGCUGGCUCGCUGGGCGACGGGACGACGCGGUGGGAGCAGGUCGCCGUUGAGGGGGACGACCUGGCGGCGGACCUGAGGUCGUGCUACGUGCUGCGGAGCAUCGGCCACGGGGCGGCUGUCAUUGGGACGACGAGCGGCAAAGUCAUCUUUACCAGGGGCGGGGGGGAGCUUGUUCUGAGCGCUGUUGUGCAGGGGAGGAUAACAGAGAUGAAUGUCGUGUCGGGGAAGGACGAGACUACGGCCAAGGACGACAGAAGAGCUACUACUACGCUGGAGGUUGCUGCGCCGCGGCAAGCCGAGAUUCUGGUUCACCUGCACGGCUCGUCGGCAUCUCGGCUGCUGUCGCUGGAUCCAUCCACCGGUCUGCUAUCGAAAGAGCAGGCCGUGGUUGGAUUGGACGCGAGGUUCGUCGCCGUGUCGGCUGCCAGGCUGCACGACGCCGGGCUGCUCAUCAUCGGCUCCCGCCACGGAUGGAUCUCCCUCCUCACCAGACAGGGCGACUCGUGGCAUCCCGUCCUCGACGUGGCAACCCGGUCGCGCGAUGCCAUCACGUCCGUUGUGGCGCUGCCUCGCUCCGAAGGGUCCUCGUCGGGAUCAUGCCGUCAUAUCCUCACCACCAGCCGCGACGGCAAGUACCGCAUCUACGGCGUCGGCGCGGCGUCGCCAUCUCCCACGCUGACCCUCUUGCACGAGACGGCACCACCGCUGGGCCCCAUGAUUGAAGGGGCUUGGUUCACCACGUCGGGCAGCCCGGAGCUCAUCCUGUACGGCUUCCGCAGCAAAGACUUUGUCAUAUGGAACGAAUCUCGGAGAGAGGAACUGGCCACGGUAGACUGCGGCGGCGCCCACCGCACGUUCCGCCUGAGCUUCAACGCCCGAGACGCCGCCAGGUUCAGGUUCGCCUACACGCGCACCUCCAGGCUGUCGAUAUACUCGCAGGCGCAGGCGCCGCACCGGACGCUGAAGCCGGGCACGCACGGCAGGGAGAUUCGGGCGCUGAGCUCCUCCAAAAACAAGCAGUAUAUUGCGUCCGGAGCGGAAGACACGUGUAUCCGGAUAUGGGAGUAUCACGGCGGCGGCAGAAUCGGUGGGCCGGGAAGCGAGAUGCGCUGCCUGGCGUGCAUCAAGGCCCACGUGACGGGGAUACAGAAGCUGCACUGGCUCGAGGACGACUACCUAUUCAGCAGUGGCGGAAACGAGGAGUUUUUCGUGUGGAGGGUGAGGAAGCUGUCGUCGUCUGCUUACGCCGGCGUGGGCGUCGUUUGCGAGGGCGUGCUUGGGGAUAAGAGUGCGGCCGGGGACCUGCGCAUCAUGGAUUUUGACGUUUCGAGGCGGCGGCGGAGGGCGGACGGAGGCAGCAGCAGCAGCAGCAGCAUCAUCAUCGUCACCUUGGCCUUUUCGAACUCGACCAUCAAGACGUACGAGUACAACGACGGUGGUGGUGGUGGUGGUGGUGGUGGUGGCGGUGGCCGGUUCGAGCUGCUCGCGUCGGGCAGCUACACGGGCGCGUGCAUCACACAGCUGCGCCAUCUGAGCCGUCAUGCGAAUCGCAGCGACGACCGCAGCCACUGGGUGAUGACGUCGUCGACGGACGGGCACCUGGCUUUGUGGAGCGCGCGGCCUCGAGGCAACGACGACGACGACGGUCUGCGCGAGCUGGCACUGAGGAGCGUGGCGCGCAUUCACCAAAGCAGCAUCAAGAGUCUCGACAUGGCGAGCGAUGGCGCCCAGGGCCGAUGCCGUCGUCAACACCACAUAUUGACCGGGGGGGACGACAACGCGAUCGGAUACGCCGUUCUCGCCGAGGUCGGCGACGGCGACGGCGAAGGCGAAGGCGACGGCGCAGCGUACGAGUUUACUCGGAGAGGCGUGGUGCGCAGCGCCCACGCGGCGUCGAUCAACGGGGUGGCCAUGCUGCCCGCGCAGCAGGACGGCGCGGUUCUCGGCGUCAGCAUCAGCAACGACCAGAGGAUCAAGACCUGGAGGCUCGGCGGGGAUGGGCUCGCACGACCGAUUUCCCUGGUGGGCUGCGUCAAGAGCGGCGUCGCCGACCCGGGGGACGUGGUGGUGGUGGUUGUCGGCCAGGAGGGGCGAGGGUGUCACGUGGUCGUGGGCGGGGUGGGGCUGGAGGGCUGGAGCACCGAGUGCCGGGCAUCUGCCACGUGA